GGUGUCAUGGCGGGUAGAGAACUAGGUGCAGAUUUGGCCGGUGCCGAAAAUGACCGGCCGAAUUCUGCCAGUCCGCAGCUGUCCCGGGCAGCCGUCCAAGAAAUAACUGAAACCGAGAAGGGCGGCGUCCCACUGAACACUCCAUGGACAUUGUAUCUGGACAAAUCCAUACGCGGGGCAACUGCAGCGGAAUUUGAAGCAAAUCUCAGGAAUAUCUACACCGUUACCACUGUACAGAGUUUCUGGAGUGUAUACAACAACAUCCCAGGCAUUAGUGACCUCAGUCCCAAGUACAGUUAUCACCUCAUGCGAAACAGCAGGCGGCCUAUCUGGGAAGACGAUUGUAAUCGACAUGGAGGAACAUGGAGGUUGAAAUGCUUAAAGAAAGACACUGCUCACGUUUGGAAGGAACUUCUGCUGGCAUGCAUCGGGGAGCAGUGGUCGGAUAGCGUACGGGAAGGUGACGAUAUUGUCGGGCUGUCUGUAAGUAUCAAGGAUCGUGAUGACAUCGUGCAGAUAUGGAAUAAUCGGUCGGACCUGGCCGAGGGAUCACAGGCAACAAGCAAGGUGAAGGAACUACUUCCUACAGUCAACUUCCAGGCUGAGUUCUACAAGCCGCAUCAAACGCAUCAUGCCUACGAAGGUCAUAGGUCAGUAGAAAGUCAUCAAGGUCAACAAGCUCCAAGACAGUUCAGCCCUGCUAACUAAGUCUCGUCCGGAGCAGACGCGUUGCCACGGUGAUGACGAUGCUUCAGCACUCCGCGGUCAUCAUCGAACGAGAGAGAGAACAGGUUUUCUUUGCAAUUUGUUUUACCAAUGUAGUCGCUCAUAGAAUAGCUGUUUAGAGGAUGAAGAGCGUGCAGCAGGAUGUGGGUGGAGAUUCCGUUGUUCUGGGCAAUGGCAGCAGUUGUUGCUGAGUAUGAAUUCAGCUGUGUCAUGGUAACGGAAGAUGUUGCAAUCACUGUGAUCCUUGUUAUAUGUUCACCGCUAUGCAUCGUCCAAUCUAAUUCAAGCGUGAAAGAAAUACUUAAUGGAGCGUGUACUUACUGGUUUGGAGUCAACUGCACACACCAGGGGGCAGCCCACUCGCUAGACGUGCCUCGUUCAACUUGUGGCUAGGUUCGCGGUACUGUGCUUGGCAAACCUUUGGUUUGUUCAGGUUUCAAAGAAUGCAUCAUAAUCAUGGAGUUGGUGUGAAGUUUAAAUUAAAAGAGUCGCCAAGAUGUUUUAAUUAUGGGAUAUUGCUACAUGUGAGUUGCCAAGGUUAUUAUGCUGAUAUAAACUGCUGGUGUAUAGUGCUCGAUGGGAAACCAAGUCGUCAUGGGCUCUAUUAUUAUUUGCAGUGUGUGUCAAACUAGUGUAACCUAUCACAUGAUUUUAUCUUAAGCACCUGAUACUAGCCAAGAGUACACAGCGAAAUAGGGUUGUAGUGUUUACCAUGUUGUUAUAACUGAGCUUGGGCCACCAGAGAUUCUAUGUAUGUGUCAGGAGGCAGUGCGCAUGUGAGCUACCAGUUGCUGGUACGUGGUACACUGAUAAGUGAUAAGCCCUUCCUGUAUACACUGCAAUGUCACGUAGGAACGAUGUAAUGUCUGCUGAAAUCUAUGCUGUGUCUAUCGCUUGCUAGAUGUGUGCUGAGAAGAAGUGCUUGGUAAAUAAAUUUACAGCAGGCAACACAACA